CCUAGCGCCGGCAAUGACUACCAUUUGUAGUUUAAUCUCUUCCUUAUUAACCCUUAAGAAUGCUGGCGCGACAACCAGUACCUCCAAAGCUUGUUGCAUUAAGAUCAGCUGUAUUUGCCCAUCCUCUUUCAACCGUCGUGGUACCCUCGGAGUCAGACACUGCGGCGGCAGCUGGGGAAGGAACUGUGCCAUUAGCACCGGCGGCUGGAGCCCUAAUACGUGGAGCUGCCUGCUCUUUUUACCUGGCCAUCAUGAUAGCUUCGUCUCAGAGGAGGAUGGUAUAAGCGCAUUUCUUCAGAUUCUUCCUAACGAUUUGAGGGACUCUCUGUUGGCUGACUGUAGGCUAGAGCAGCUGCUAGAGGUGAUAUUGGAUUUGGGCCGUUUACCACAGGCACAAUACUUGGGUGAUUUUGGUAGGAAGUGGCUAAGAAAAACUGAGGUAAGGUCUGAAGAAGCAGAUAUUUUCUUUCAAAAAUCAAUUGAUAAAGUUUUAGGUUCAGAUAAAUAAUGGACUAAAUCAUGGUGAUACAUUAAAAUUCUUUUGCCCCUAGAGGAAACCUCUUUUUUGCAGGGGUAAGUCUACAUCUUGACUCCCAUACCCCAACUGAGUUGGGAUUAUACUGGGUUUCAAUGGCUUGAUUGUAUAUUAUUCCACUUAGGUGUCACUUGAAGACCUUGAGUACGUUCAAAAGGCAGUUGGACAAUUCGGAGGCGACAAUCGAGCCGGAAUCGAGGGUAGCUUGCACCGGGUUUCUUCUAUUAAGAGUAGGAAGGGGGAAGUCGUUGGGUUGACUUGCCGAGUUGGUAGGGCAGUCAAAGGUCAGAUUGACAUGGUCAGGGAUUUGCUUGAAUUUGGUGAAAGCAUCUUGUUUCUUGGAAGGCCUGCUGUUGGCAAAACUACAGUACUGAGAGAGUUAUCCCGUGUCUUGGCUGACGAGCUUCAUAAAAGAGUGGUGAUUGUUGACACCAGCAAUGAAAUAGGAGGUGAGGGGGAUGUUCCACAUCCAGCAAUAGGGGGUGCAAGAAGACUGCAGGUAAAAAAUCCUUCUAUGCAGCACCAAGUGAUGAUAGAAGCAGUUGAGAAUCACAUGCCUCAGGUGAUAAUUAUUGAUGAGAUUAGCACCGAAGCUGAAGUUCAUGCAUGUCGUACAAUAGCUGAGAGAGGAGUUAUGCUUAUCGGCACAGCUCAUGGAAAGCAACUGCAGAAUAUAAUAAAAAAUCCAACUUUAUCUGAAUUGGUCAGUGUUGAACUUUGUAAUAUUUGGGGCGAUGAUUGCUGAUGACAUGUCACACCUAUCAUUUUUGUCUAUAUAUUUUGUUCAUUCAAGUUUUCUCUUACCUCAAUAUAGUUCACUAUGUUUUGAGCCUAAUUGGUCUUUAAUAAGAUUAUGAUUUAUUCACAAUUCAGUUUUCACUUUGUGGCCUCCUUGUUUCAUACUUUUGCAGAUAGGUGGUCUAGAAUAUGUGACUCUGACUGAUGAAGAAGCUCGGACUAGGAAUAGCAGGAAGGGUGUUCUUGUGAGGAGAGCUCCACCAACAUUUCCCUUUCUCAUUGAAAUAAGAGAGAGACACUAUUGGGUUGCACAUAGGACCGAGAAAAGUGUGGAUGCUUUGCUUUGUGGAAGAAAGCCAAUCGUUGAGGUUAGGAAGAGAGAUGAACAAUUCAAGUUGGUGAUUCAGAGAUGGAAAAUAGAUGAUUGAGUCUGUUGUACGCAGUAGAAAUAUUUUUGCAAGUCAUAUGACUCAAACAUAUAUGGAUGUUUGGGUCAAAAGUGGAAUAUUCAGAAAUGCAUCUCUUGUGCUCAACAUGAAUGGUAGUGACAUUAUAUGCACAAAUGUUCCUUUGAGUUUAAUUGUCAUUUCCUUGCAAGGCACCAAGAAAUUUUUUUUUGGCAG